AAUCAAUUCUCUUUCCGGCUCAGGCUGCACUGGUUAAGCUUAUGGGGCUGUCACGUGAUUAACGAACGACUCAGACCCGAAGACUCGAAACAGGUGAACUAAUUCCAGUACAGAACCUAUAGGAUGUUGCGCAUGCGCGGCUGAACGAAUCACUCCCCGAGAUGACUCGUUCUUCCCGAGUCACGUUAAAGAUUCGUUCAAAAUGAACGAAUCGUUCAAGAACGACCCAUCACUAGUCACAGUGAAUAAGGACCAAUUCCACUCUUGUCUGCUGUAGAGGGCAUUUUGCUGCAAAUCUACCGCCUUUGGUUUCAUCACUUCAGAAUGAACCACAACAGGAAAGGAAAAAAACACAACUACUGAGCCCUUCCGCCGGCGAAUCGAUUCACACGAGUCACUUAACAGAAUCGUUUAAAGAGCGAUUCUUUGGAGAGUUGCCCAUCACUGUGCGGUGUUAAAAUAAACGGUAAGGCGGCAGGUACAAUAAUGUAGCAACACUGGGAAUAGGCUCAGGCAACAGCGACACCACCUGCCUCCCUGAGGCCCGUCUGCGCGGACUGGGAGAUGGGAGCCACCGCUGCAGUUGUCCUAAGUGUGGUCUCUGGAACUUCAGUUACAUUCCUGGUUUGACCUUCAGCUGGCCAUCACCUGCUGGGGCAAGGAGCCCAUAGGGCAUUCUUGGAUGUGGCAAUAUAACCCAUUCUGACUACUCUGCUCAGCAGAGCAAAGCAAAGCCUACUAUGGUUGUAAAAGUUUUUCUUAGUGAGUUUCGCUGAUGGCUAACUGGCGCUGUAUCCUGUAAUGCUGAGAAUGGCAUCCAGCCAUGGAGAGACAAAUGCCCAGAUUUGUGACUGUCUUUUUCCUCUUGGCACUAUCAGGAUUUAUAAUACUCAUCUGCAACAUCACAUCUCUGGAGAUGUUGAGUGGACAGGUUAUAUCUACCUUCUACCAAAUACAGAAUAGCAUCCACUCAGCCUUUAAGUCUCCUGGAAUCUUGUGGCCACUAGAGUUAAACCACACAUACUGUGCCCACUUUGGCCAGGAGCCCACAGCAGAAGAGGCAAAAGAAGAGAGAUAUCUGCUCAAUUCCAUUGCAUGGCCAGGCCCCUUGGUACAAGGCUUGCCUGUGGAGCUUAGCAGUGACCCUUCAAAGAGCUACUUUGUGAUUCAGGGCCCAGCAGAGCAACACAUAGGCAGUCAGCUUGUGGUUCAUGUUCAUGUGCAGAACUUCCUGGGUCUGCCUAAGAAGCAUGGUGGAGAUUUCCUAAUAGCUCGGCUACAUUCGCCCGAACUCGGCGCUGGCGUUGCAGGGAAGGUGCACGACCAUCAUGAUGGCAAUUAUACAGUGCUGUUCCCACUGCUGUGGUCUGGCGUAGCGUGGGUGGAAAUCACCAUGGUGCAUCCAAGUGAGGCAGUGGUGGUGCUCAAGAGGUUGCAAGAGGAACAACCCAACCGGGUGUUUUUUAAAAGCCUGUUCCGCUCUGGCUUCUUAUCAGAGACCACCGUUUGCAAUCUGUGCCUGCCACUCAACCAGCAACCUCUCUGCAACUACACUGACCCUGAAACUGGAGAGCCAUGGUACUGCUACAAACCCAAAAUGCUAAGCUGUGACACACGAAUAAAUCAUUAUAAAGGGGGCUACAAGAAGAACCUCAUUACUGAAUAUGAAGCACAGUUCUUCCAGAGUGAUGUAAAUAUCAAAGUUCCUAUACAUGCAUCAGGGAUGGACAAUGUGACUGUAUUACCUGCAGAAAAAGGACAAGCCAAGGUAAAAAAAAAUUACAAUGCUGCUGGCUACUACUUUCACAAUUCCUGGAGGCCUUUGAGUGGUGCAGUCAUCCAGCAGUUUAAUGACUCCUCAACCAUAACGCAUUGUCUUAGAGGGAGGAUCAUAUACAUGCUUGGAGAUUCCACUGUGCGACAGUGGUUUGAAUACCUCACUGCUUUUGUUCCUGAACUGAAGGAGUUCAACUUUCACAGCCCUAAGAAUGUGGGGCCAUUCAUGGCUGUGGACAGCAGAAACAACAUUCUGUUGAGCUACCGCUGCCAUGGGCCGCCCAUCCGCUUCACCUCAGUGCUUUCCUCUGAACUGCGCUACGUGGCAAAUGAGCUAGACAGGAUCAAGGGUGGGCCGGACACAGUGGUUCUCUUGAGUGUGUGGUCUCACUUCAGCACUUUCCCUAUUGAAGUAUAUAUACGGCGCCUACGGCACAUCCGCAGGGCCGUGGUGCGGCUGCUGAACCGUGAGCCAGCGACCUUAGUGGUGAUCCGCACUGCCAACCUACAGAAGCUUGACCCGGAGAGCAGCCUGUACAACAGUGACUGGUUCUCUCUGCAGAUUGAUGCUGUUCUGCGUGCCAUGUUCAGAGGACUCAAUGUGCAGCUGCUGGAUGCCUGGGAAAUGACACUGGCCCACCACCUACCCCAUCUUUUACAUCCACCUCCUACUAUCAUCAAAAAUAUGAUAGACUUGAUUCUGUCUCACAUCUGUCCAGUUGGGAGAAAAAAGAGAAGUUAACAAAAGACUAAAAUAUAAUAGGAAUAGGUGAGGGUCUGACUCUAAAGCAUUUGCCACAAUUCACAGUUGACUCACUGAAUACUAAUUCAAUGGGUAAUGAGCAAUUUACAUCUGUUAGAAGUUUAAGCAGAGUAUUUUUUACUAUUUUAGAAUAUUUAAGACCAUGACACUAUGACAUAACAUAUGGAAUUAUGCAGUGGCCAAGAAGUGUUAAGCAGAUCCAUUUUAAAUUCAGUAUUCCUGAAGACGCACACACCUGAUAUCUUCGCAGCCAGCUUCAUAAGGGAGCUUCCCACAAGAGGCUUUUAGUAAUGCUCCGAAAAUAGUCUGAGCACUUGUUUCUAUGUAAAUGUAAAAAAAUUGUAAUAAAAACCACUGGCUUGGG